UUAUCCCCUUUUUCCAUUUUUCUUUUCAGUCAUUACUUUUUGUUUUGUAUUUUUCGUAUUUUUAGUUUCUAUUUUAUUAUUUUUUGUACCGGGACCUCAUCUGAAAGUAUGGAUUGAAGUGUGGCUUGAUCUUGAAAUUAACAUGCAGUCAACUAAAGCAUCAAAUUUCAUAAGACAGUUGUGCUCAGCUGCACUUGUAACUUGUCAACAGCCAACCUCAGCAUCUCUCCUACAAUAUCUCUCAUGUGUCGGACGAAUCCACCUUUUGCAAUUUCAUUUUUCCAACAGUUAUGGCCCCGGUCGACAGAGUUAAGGGGAAGGGAAAGGGAAAGGGCAUAGCAGAACAGGUCAAAAAGAGCGAAGGGAAAAGUCGAAAAAACCCUUGACAUCAGGUUAGGUUAGAUUGGACACACAACAAGCAGUAACCGUUUACGCCACUGUCCAAACAAGCCUUAAAGAAAUUCCGCGGGACGCAACGGACCAAUUUGGCGGGAAUACGCGUGUCAAGCAUCGAUAGCAGUUCCAGCUCAGAUUUCCCGCCAGAAAAACCCUCCUAUAUACUUCCCCCUCAAUCCGCCCCAAACCUUCCCUCAUUUCCACUCCUCCGCCCACCCACUCCUUCUUCUUGCUCCACCUCCUCCUGUUUCCCUUGUAUUUCUCUGUAAGCGAUGAGCUCCUCCGAUUCUCUCAAAUCGACCCCUCUGAAAUCCAAAAAAUCUCUAAACCUAGCCUGCGAAUCUCCCGUUUCAAAAACCCCAGAAAAGCACGCCUCCCUCGUCCCCAACCGUGCUCGUAACCGUGGCGUCGCCCUCUCCAUCAAGGAGAUCCGGCAAGUGGCCCAGACCCGGGCCAAACCUCCGACCGACCAGAUCAAAUCGGCUCGGAAACAGAUCUUAUCCUGGCCCACUGAGUCUCCGGCACCCAAAACCUCCGGUGACCGUCCCGAUAAACUCCCUGAAAAGUACGAGAUAUUGUGUGAGUUUUUCGAUAGCUUGGACUCUGCAAUCCGGCUGAUAAAAUUGAAGGGGUCAAUGCCAACUUUUACUAAUAUCAGCCCCAAAAUAGAGUGUUUGACCGAGAGGAGGUUUUCAUUCGGUCACUUGGCUCAAUUGAAGCAUAUAUUACCAGAGGUGAUUGAGAUAAAGAGAAUGCUGAUCUUUGAUGAGAGGACUAGUUGUAUGAAACCAGAUCUCCACAUUAGCAUCAUUGUGGAUGCGAUUGACUGUGGGGACAAGUCAAAAUCAGGAACUAAGAAUCUAAAUGUUAGGAGGGUUUUUCGAGCUCGGCUUGCGGAUUUUCUCAAGGCUCAUCCUGAGGGUGAUGACAUUCCAGAAGAUGACCUACCAGAGCCGUUCAAUCGUUUAAAGCAGAAUCUGCGAUUGAACAUGAUCAAAGGACCUAUAUCAUUUUCAUCUGAUGAGUCAUCAACUGAUUCACUUACAGAGCAGCAAUCAUUGACAGGACAAGGUGAAGUUAUUCAAGAGGAAACUCGACCACAGCCAUCCAAUCACUCAGAUUCCAAUUCAAAAUUGUCUAUGGAGACAUUAGCUGAUGUAGUUAAUGAGCAGCAACCUGUGGUGGCAUCUCAUGUAUCUCAAUCAUUUCGAAAGCACUUUUCCCAGAAAGUCACAAGCAAAGCUCAGGAGGCUGUCCAAAAAUGUUCAAAGGUUUCCCUUCAGUCUUCAAAUUUUCAAGUUCUAGACAUAUGUGCUGACGGAUUUGCCUUCAGUGAUGAAACUAGCUCUGCUUCAACUCGAUCCCCAACUAAAUUGUUAUCUGAACCAACUACCAGGGAGAUGAGUCAUAAAACUUGCCUACCUGCAACUCCAGUUAAAGAGAUAAAUCCCUUGGAAGCUGAAGAUGGGUCCCCUACAAAAGCUGGCACUAUUCUGUCCACUCCUGCAAAACUAGCUUCAACUCCUGCUAGGCUGAUGACUGCCACCCCUACUCUACAGCCAAGGAAGAGAUGUUACAUGAGCCCAGAUGAGGUUUCUUCCAGUUCAUCAAACAAGUUAGUUAGGCGGCCACCACGUACUAGGUCCUUGAAAUUUGACACUCCUGUGAAGGAAGAGAAUAUUGUUGAUGAAGUACAGGAGAUGGCAGGCAAACCACUUGAUGAUGACGAAGAUAAUGCUCUUUCAAUUCUGCCUGAGAGCCUUCUGCAUUCAAUAAGGGAGAAAGAGAGGAAAGCGAUUGAGGAGCGAGAUCCAGCAAUCUCGCGAGCAAAGAGGCGACAACAGAUGAUUGCCUGCCUACCUAAGCUCUUCAACAUGAUUCACUAUCUAUUUCAGUCAAUAAAGCGCUCUGUUAUUACCAAAGAGGAGCUUAUGCACAAAAUAAUUGCUGGCCAUUGUGAAAUUGUUGAUAGAGGAGAAGUUGAAGAGCAGCUAAAACUAUUGCUAGAGCUAGCUCCGGAAUGGAUAUCUGAAAAGCAGGCCUCUGCUGGGGAUUUACUUGUUUGCAUCAAUAAAGUGUCAAGCCCAGAGUCAAUACGAGUGCGGCUUCAAGAAGCAAAAUGAAUGGGAGGAUUAGUGCUUAGUUCCAUUAAAUUAUUCAAGAAAUCAUAUUGACAGCUGGAGUUCAAGUUUCAGUCUAAAUUCAGCUUUUUGUAAAUUUUUGGUACAAGGCUGUUUUAUGUAUGACCAUACUUAGGUAACAGAUGUAGGAAGGUAAGAUGAAAUCUACUAUUGAGUUUGAUUCACCA